AUGGCUUCGGAACCUGUGGAAAAUGGUUUGGAGAACAAGCCACAACCACAAGUUGACGACAAUGAUUUAUCAAACUCAGAUAUAGUGACUAAGUAUCGCACUGCAUCGAACAUUGCAAACCUGGCACUAACAAAGGUUCUCAAAGAAGUUAAACCAGGCGUUUCUGUAAAACAUCUGUGCGAGCUUGGCGACAGUGUAAUUUUAGAAGAGUCUUCAAAGUUGUACAAUAAGAAGGAGAAUGGAAGGAAGGUCGAAAAGGGAAUCGCCUUUCCCACCUGUGUUUCUCUAAAUGAAAUAAUCGAUAAUUUCUCACCAACAGAAGAUACAGUGUUAGUUAAAGAAGGAGAUGUUGUAAAAGUGUCAUUGGGAUCCCAUAUAGACGGAUACGUAGGACUCGUUUCACACACAGUGUUCGUGGGAGAAACGAUAACGGGGAGGACGGCAGACGUCCUCAAGGCGGCUUGGCUGAGUUGCGAAGCUGCACUCAGAAAGCUAAAGGCCGGCGGCUCUAGUAGCGAAGUAGCCAAGGUGGUGGAAAGGGUAGCAGCACAGUUCAACUGCACGCCCAUGGUGGGCUUCUACAGCCACGAAAUGAAGAGACACAUAAUAGAGGGCACCAAGAACUUCUCGCUCAGCACGAAGCUGGAGGACAAAAUGGACCCGAUAACAUUCGGAGCCAAGGAGGCCUACUCAGUGAACGUGGUCCUCACGACGGGCGAACACAAGUCAAAGCAAACAGAACACAUAACCACAGUGUACAGAACGGAAGUACAGAACAGAUACACCCUUAAGACGUCCCUGGGAAGGUCAUUCAUGUCCCAGGUCAACUCAAAGUUCCCAGUCUUCCCCUUUCACCUGAAGUCAUUCGACGACGAGAGGGCGCUGAAGGUGGGACUGCAGGAGUCGCUCAGGCACAACCUGCUCAAGCCGUACUACGUGACCACGGGGAAGACAGGGGACGUGGUGGCGCACUUCAGGUUCACGGCGCUUCUGCUCCCGACGGGCACGAAGAAGAUAUCAGGCCUCGCCUUCGACCAGCUGGACAAGUGCAACUCGGAGUUAAAGGUGGAAGACCCGGAACUGCUGAGCAUACUAUCGGCACCUGUUAACCCGAAGAAGAAGAAGGCAACCAAGGAUGAGUAA